CGCCGGCGCGCGCUGUCAGCGACGCCGGAAGUCCCCGGCCGGCCUGGCGGUAACCUUGCUGCCCGGCCUCGGCUGCCGAGGUGUCGCCUGCGUGUGUCUGUCUGAGCGUCGGCCGGGCCAGGCUCGUUAGCUGCAGGGGUGCCGCCGGGGUCGCGCGGGAGGGCGCCGAGGGCCGCGGAGCGCAGGCGCGCGCUCAGGGCCUCGCAGCCGACAUGUCUCUGGUGGCGGAAGCGUUCGUCUCCCAGAUCGCAGCUACGGAACCUUGGCCUGAAAAUGCGACCUUAUAUCAACAACUGAGAGGGGAGCAAAUUUUGCUUUCUGACAAUGCAGCAUCUCUUGCUGUGCAGGCCUUUUUGCAAAUGUGUAAUCUGCCUGUCAAAGUGGUGUGUAGGGCAAAUGCAGAAUAUAUGUCUCCCUCUGGAAAAGUACCUUUUAUUCAUGUGGGAAAUCAAGUAGUAUCAGAACUUGGCCCUAUAGUCCAAUUCGUUAAAGCCAAGGGCCAUUCUCUUAGUGAUGGAUUGGAUGAAGUCCAAAAAGCAGAAAUGAAAGCUUACAUGGAAUUAGUCAACAAUAUGCUGUUGACUGCAGAGCUGUAUCUCCAGUGGUGUGAUGAGGCUACAGUAGGGGAGAUCACUCAUGCUAGGUAUGGAUCUCCAUACCCGUGGCCUUUGAACCACAUUCUGGCCUAUCAGAAGCAGUGGGAAGUCAAACGUAAGAUGAAAGCUAUUGGAUGGGGGAACAAGACUCUGGACCAGGUCUUAGAAGAUGUAGACCAGUGCUGUCAAGCCCUUUCCCAGAGACUGGGAACACAACCUUACUUCUUCAAUAAGCAACCUACUGAACUUGAUGCUCUGGUGUUUGGCCAUUUGUACACCAUUCUUACCACACAGUUGACCAGUGAUGAACUUUCUGAGAAGGUGAAACACUAUAGCAACCUCCUUGCUUUCUGUAGAAGAAUUGAACAGCACUAUUUUGAAGAUCGGGGUAAAGGCAGGUUGUCUUAGAGUUGUAUGUCAGUUAUUAUUUUAAAAAAAUCUAACUUUUGAAAUAUGUAUUACUUGAACAGUAUAAUAAAUAAUAGUUUCAGAAUUUCAAAACCAAAACCACUGUUUUUUGAAACCUCAAAAAUUGCAUAAUGUCAUAUACAUGUUCUUUGUAUGUUAUUUGUGUCCACCUUGUUUUGAAUUAUUUGAUUUGUUACAUUGUAUUCUUUAUCUUGACAUUUUAUUUCUUUAUGAUCAUAUGCAAAUAAACCUUAAGCAACUGUGGUCGUUUCAUUUA